AUGGGUAGAUUGGCGCUGCAGAUGACGACAUCUUCUUCACUGGGUGGUGACUUUGGGUGGAUGGUCCGCCUGGCUGAUGAUAUGGACGUGGGAGCGGUUUCCUCAUACAUCACCACUACAUGCGGAGACGGGUGCGCAGAUUACUCAGGACACAGUGCCACGUGGCCUUCAAUGGCUUCCGGCCCACACCCGUCAGCAUGGAGAUCAGUUCUACCUGUACAAGCUGUGGUUUGA